GAGAGGGAGGGGGAGGAAAGGAUCAUUGAUCGGAAUGGAGGGGCAAGGACAAGGACAAGGAGAGGGACAGGAGAGACUGAACCAGGCAGUGCAGCAGCAGCUAAACGUGGAACAAGUGAAGACGCGUGCCAUGAGCCUCUUCAAAGCCAUCUCCAGGAUUCUCGAAGAUUUCGACGCCUACUCUCGCACCAACACCACCCCCAAAUGGCAAGAUAUUCUGGGGCAAUAUUCAAUGGUGAACCUUGAGCUUUUCAACAUUGUUGACGAAAUGAAGAAGGUGUCCAAGGCAUUUGUAGUCUAUCCCAAGAAUGUUAAUGCCGACAAUGCAACAAUACUACCUGUUAUGCUCUCCUCAAAACUACUCCCUGAAAUGGAGAUACAUGACAACUCUAAGAGAGAUCAAUUGCUUCAAGGGAUGCAAAACCUUCCAAUUGCUACUCAAAUUGAUAAGUUGAAGGCUAGACUUGAUAUGAUUGCAGUAGCCUGUGAAGGUGCUGAAAAAGUCUUGGCUGACACUCGUAAAGCCUACUGCUUCGGAACUCGUCAAGGCCCGUCCAUUCUCCCCACUUUGGACAAGGGUCAGGCUGCCAAAAUUCAAGAACAGGAAAAUCUACUCCGAGCUGCUGUCAAUGUUGGUGAGGGAUUACGGAUACCUGGAGACCAGAGGCAGAUUACUCCUGCACUUCCAAUGCAUUUGGCAGAUGCACUUACUGUUAAUGAGGGUGGACAAUCUUUUCCUGAUGCAUCUGGUAAUAGUGUGUAUAUGAAGAAUACCCAACUGCCGUCAAACAGCAUGGGCGGCCAGAAUUCGUUGUUGCAGAACUCAGGAUCACAACUUUUGGGAAGAUCAGCUGCAUCUCCUUCUGCUGCAACCAGCACCACUUCUUUUGAUAAUACAACAGCUUCACCAAUCCCAUAUGCCAAUUCUCCAAGGUCUUCUACAAAUAUGAUGAAUACACCGUCCCCUCAGCAACAAACCCCACAACAGCAGCAACAGCAGCCACCAGCACAGCAGCAGCAACGGCAGAAACUGAUGCAGUUACCUCAACAGCAGCAGCAACAACUUCUUGCUCAGCAGCAACAGUACAGGCAAUCUGCAAUGCAAGGGCUGGGACAGUUGCAUGGGCAACAUCAGAUGCAAUUUUCUCAACCACUUGGGCAUCAGCAAUUUCAGGGUAGGCAGCUUUCUUCAGCACAUGUUCAGCAUGCCAUUGGUCAAAGCCAACUGAAUCAAGGAAAUCAAAUGACUCGUUUAAGCCAGUUUUCUGGUCCUGCUAACAGUGCGUUAUUCAGUGCUGCUCAAACGACACCUAAUACGCAAAUGAUUCCAAACAUUUCAGCCACAAUGUCUUCACAGUCCCUUCUACCACGGGUGCAGUUCGGAUCAUCUGGAAACAACCCUCAGCGAAGUCAUGCUUCCCAAAUGCUGAGUGAUCAGAUGUUUAACAUGGGAAGUGGCAAUCCUGGUGGUAUGAUGCCCAUGCAGCAGCAGCAGCAGCAGCAGCAGCAACAUGCUUCACAAGGUGCAUUUGGUAGCAUGGCAUCAAAUACUCAGCAUUUGCAUUCUGGUAUGGUGACACUUCAGAACACACAACAGAAUCAUCCCAAUUUCUCUCAACAGAGACAGCAAAAUCAACAGUGAUUAGUACUCUGGCAUUGUUGGGUCUAGUUUAGAAAACUGAAAGGAACCAUAUUGCACCAGAAAUGGUUCAUAAAAACUGAACCAUACUUUCUUAUUUUUAUUUUUUGGGUUACCAAACUCAUUUGGUGUUAGGUGGUAAGAUUUGAGAAGAUGAUUUAAUAUGAAUCAAAGAACUGAAAAGCAAAAGAAAAGAAAAAAAUAGAAAG